GAGUGACGUCACCGAAUGUUGUUGUCGGGGCGGGCGGGGCCGCGCGGCGAAGAUGGAGGAGGAGGGGGGGGCGCGGCGGGGCGCGCGCCGGGCGGCACCGGGGGGACCCCAGGGCUCCCAGGUGGCGCAGGCACAGCCGCGGUGCCCCGGGUGGCACUGACGGGCUCGCCGGACACGUGCCUCUCCACACCCCCCUGGCACCCGCCGCCCACCAUGGACCCCCAGAGCGACACAGAGGGGGUGUCUGGCCAUGAGCCCCCCCUGGAGCUCCUGCCCUGCACCCUGCUGCACACCCCAGGGCCAGAGGGGCCGGGGCUGGAGGGGCCAGGGCUGGAGGCGGCGGGGCCGGAGGCUGCAGGGUUGGACGCAGGACUGGCGGCGGCACGGGAGCGGCAGCUGCAGCGGGAGCUGGUGGCCCUGAAGCAGCAGCAGCAGCUCCAGAAGCAGCUGCUCUUCGCCGAGUUCCAGAAGCAGCACGAGCACCUCACUCGCCAGCACCAGGUCCAGCUCCAGAAGCACCUCAAGCAGCAGCAGGAGGCCCUGGCCGCCCGCCGGCAGCAGGAGCUGGAGCAGCAGCGGCAGCGGGAGCGGCAGGAGCUGGAGCAGCAGCGCCUGGAGCAGCUCCAGAGCCUGCGACCCAAGGACAGGGGCCGUGACAGUGCCAUCGCCAGCACUGAGGUGAAGCUGAAGCUCCAGGAGUUCCUGCUCAGCAAGACGAAGGAGCCAGGCCCCGGCCCCCCAAACCAUUCCCUCCCCCAGCACCCCAAAUGUUGGGCUCACCACACCUCGUUGGACCAGAGUUCCCCCCCGCAGACAGGCAGCCCGGGGACCCCUCCGUCCUACAAGCUCCCCCUCCUCGGCACCUACGAUGGCCGGGAUGACUUUCCUCUCCGGAAAACUGCCUCUGAGCCCAACCUGAAGGUGCGGUCGCGGCUGAAGCAGAAGGUGGCGGAGCGGCGGAGCAGCCCUCUCCUGCGGCGCCGCGACGGCUCCGUGCUCAGCGCCUUCCGCAAGCGCCACGUCGAGAUCACCGUGUCCUCGGUGUGCAGCAGUGCCCCCGGGUCGGGGCCCAGCUCCCCCAACAGCUCCCACGGUGCCCACAACGGCCUGGCCGCCUCCGUCCCCAACAUCCACACCGAGCAGCUCCUGCCCCAGCCCCGUGCCCUGGCCCUGGAUGGGGCCCAGCUCAGCCUCUACACGUCCCCGUCGCUGCCCAACCUGUCCCUGGGGCUGCAGGCCACUGUCACUGUCACCAGCGCCCACCUCCCCGCAUCCCCCAAGCUGUCACCGCAGGCUGAGGGCGAGCGCCCGGGGGUGCCCCCCCUGCGCCCCGGGGCCGCCCUCACCGGGAAGUUCCUGAGCACGUCCUCAAUCCCGGGGUGCCUGCUGGGGGUGGCCCUGGAUGGGGACCCCCCGGCCGGUCCCCCGUCCCUGCUGCAGCAUGUCCUGCUGUUGGAGCAGGCGCGGCAGCAGAGCACCCUCAUCGCUGUGCCCCUGCACGGCCAGUCCCCGCUGGUGACGGGGGAGCGCGGGGGGGGUCCCCGUGGGAACAAACUGCCUCGGCACCGGCCCCUGAGCCGCACCCAGUCGUCCCCGCUGCCCCAGAGCCCCCAGGCCCUGCCCCACGGCCCCCUCCAGCACCACUUCCUCGACAAGCAGCAGGUCCAGCUGGGCAAGCUGCUCCCCAAGGGGGGGGAGCUGGCACGGCAGCCCCCCACCCACCCUGAGGAGACGGAGGAGGAGCUGACAGAGCAGCAAUCACCCCCCCCAGGCGAGGGGGGACCCCCUGGCCCCCCCCUCGGCCCCCCCCUCACCCUCAUCUCCCCGGAGGCUGGGGACCCCCCGGAGCAGCUGCAGGACCCCAAGGGCUGCCAGGGGACAGGGGACAGCGGGGAUGAGGCUGAGGGUGCCGGGUACCCUGACGUCACCGAGCUGGGCGUCACCUACAAGCAGGUGUACCCCGAGGCACCACUGCAGCUUUACCCCACGCCCCCCCUGGGGGUCCUGGCACUGUCCCACCCGGCCCUCGCCCGCACCCAGUCGUCCCCCGCCAGCGUCAAGCCGCCUGUGCCCGAGGGGCCCCCCAAGCACCUCUUCACCACAGGUGUGGUGUACGACACGUUCAUGCUGAAGCACCAGUGCACCUGUGGGAACACCACGAUCCACCCGGAGCACGCCGGCCGCAUCCAGAGCAUCUGGUCCCGGCUCCAGGAGACUGGCCUGCUCGGGAAGUGUGAGCGGAUCCGGGGCAGGAAGGCGACACUGGAGGAGAUCCAGACGGUGCACUCAGAGCACCAUGCGCUGCUCUACGGCACCAGCCCCCUCAACCGCCAGAAACUGGACAGCAAGAAGCUGCUGGGUCCCAUCACGCAGAAGACAUACGCAGUGCUGCCAUGCGGGGGCAUCGGGGUGGACAGUGACACGGUGUGGAACGAGCUGCACUCGUCGAGCGCGGUGCGCACGGCCGUGGGCUGCCUGCUCGAGCUGGCCUUCAAGGUGGCUGCAGGCGAGCUCAAGAACGGCUUUGCGGUCAUCCGCCCCCCGGGCCACCACGCCGAGGAGUCCACAGCCAUGGGCUUCUGCUUCUUCAACUCUGUGGCAAUCUCGGCCAAGCUGCUGCAGCAGCGGCUCAGCGUGGGCAGGAUCCUCAUCGUGGACUGGGACAUCCACCAUGGGAAUGGGACCCAGCAGGCCUUCUACAGUGACCCCCACGUGCUCUACAUCUCCUUGCACCGCUACGACGACGGCAACUUCUUCCCGGGCAGUGGGGCCCCUGAGGAGGGGGUCACCUGUGGCUGUGUCCCAGGUGGGCAGUGGGCUGGGAGUGGGCUACAACAUCAACAUCGCCUGGACUGGCGGCGUGGACCCCCCGAUCGGGGACGUGGAGUAUCUGACCGCCUUCAGGACGGUGGUGAUGCCCAUCGCCAAGGAGUUCUCCCCGGACCUGGUGCUGGUCUCCGCUGGCUUCGACGCCGUCGAGGGCCACCUGUCCCCGCUCGGUGGCUACUCUGUCACCGCCAAGUGUUUUGGACACCUGACGAAGCAGCUGAUGAUGCUGGCAGGGGGCCGGGUGGUGCUGGCGCUGGAGGGGGGCCACGACCUGACGGCCAUCUGCGACGCCUCCGAGGCUUGUGUCUCUGCCCUGCUCGGCCUGGAGCUGGAGCCCCUGGAUCCGUCCCUGCUGCAGCAGAAGCCAAAUGUGAAUGCAGUGGCCACGCUGGAGAAGGUCAUCGAGAUCCAGACCAUGGGGUCCCUGGGGGUCCCCUGACCUGUCCCAGCCCGGGUGUCCCCUGUCACGCUGCCCCCGGCAGGCAAGCACUGGGGGUCCGUGCGGCGUUUCGCGGCGGCCGUGGGCCGGUCCUUGCUGGAGGCCCAGCGCAGGGAGGCCGAGGAGGCCGAGACGGUGACAGCCAUGGCCCUGCUCUCGGUGGGCGCCGAGCAGGCCGGGGGAGACCCCCAGCCCAGACCAGUGGAGGAGCCGAUGGAGGCUGAGCCUACGCUCUGACCCACCUGCAUCGUUCCCGCCUCCGAAAAAACCAAGAAACACCCAGAAGAGAUGAAAAAACUCACACACACACACACAGAGAAAAAAAAUCACAGUAAAAGGGAAAAAAAAGCACUUAAAAAAAAAGACCAAAAAAAGAAAAAAAAAGACAAAAAAAAAGACCAAAAAAAAAGACAAAAAAAAAAAAGGCAGAAACCAGAAGGAAAACCAGAAAAAAGAGGAAAAUAUUUUCUUUUUCUAUUAAAAAGAGGAGAAAACCACAAAAAAAAUCCCCCCUCCCUGUCCAGUGCCCCCCCCCGGCUCCCCCGCGGUGUUUGCGGUUGUGUCUCUUGUGCAGCAGCGGUUCCACCAGCACCCCGUGUCCCCACCGUGUCCGUUGGGUCCCCCCCGUCGCUGCCCGGACCCCCCUGGCGCUCCUCUCUCUUUUUUUUAGGGAUUUUCCCUUAAUUCCCUUUCUAUUUUUUGUGUGUGUCCCCCCCUUUGUUCCCUCCUCGGCUCUGGCAUUUGUUCCCUCCCUGCUCCUCCAACCCCACCCCCAGGGGAGGCGAUGGGAAAUAUUUGUGCCUUUAAUUAUUUUUUUUUAAUGCCUUAAUUUCCCUUAAUUUUGGGUUUUCUUAAUUUUCUUGGUUUUUUUUUUUCCCCUCGGCCUCCCCGUUUGGGACAGGGACACGAGACAAAGGGACGAGCUCUGUGUGUGUCCCCCCAUCCCUUUGUCACCCCUUCGUUGGGAUCAAAUUUGUUCUUAGAGGAGGAAAAAAAAAAAGAGACACAAAAAGAGAAAAAACCACUUAAUUUUCCAGUUUUAUCACCAGCCAGAGGGGCCUCGGAGCAAUUUUAGCUUUAAAAGAGAGAAAACUACCCAACCACCCCCCUAAAAAGGGAUAUAAUUUUAUUACAGAUGGAUUAUUUAAUAGUAUUUUUUUAAUGGGGGGGUGGAGGGGCGGGGACAGGGACAGCGCGUUGUGGGUUAUUUUGGGGGUGACGGGAAUUUGGGGGGGUCCCCAAAUUAGGACAGAGGGAUGAGCGUGUCCUUGGUCACCUCUCCUAACCCUGGGUGGGGGGGAAAGAACCCCGGUUUAGGGUGAGGAAGAGAGGGGUGUCACUGUGAGGACCCCAGUGUGGGUGUCCCCAGUGUUGGGGACACCCCGUGUGUGGUGGUGGUGGGGGGUCCCAGAUCCCCAUCCCGGGAAGGAGAAACACCCCCGGGAUGGGGAGAAGGGGGUGCCGGCCCCCCAGCAGUGUGCCCGGCUUGCUUUGGGCUGGUGUCCCCUCUACCCCCGUGUGUCCCCCCGUGUCCCCCCUCGGUUGCUGUCCGUCCCACCCCCUGCUCACGCUCGCUCUGGGUCUCGGUUCAGUAUUUUGUAAGAUGUCACCGAUGUUCGUCCUUGUAUAAAUAAACUGUUUCUGGCAAUA